GGCGCGUCUGAUCGUGUCGCCAGUCGCGGCUUGAAAAUCGCGGGUGACCUGCGCCUCGGUAAAAUCAAUGAGCGCGUCCGGCAACGGGAUCGACGACGGCAGCGCGACGCCGCAACCGUGCGACAUCGGCAACGACCGCGUCGUGGGUGCCGCCGCUUGGCCCGGCCUGCUCCGUAAAAUCCUCGGCACCGUCCAUCGCGGUACGGGAGAGCCGUUCUUACGUCGGCGCGACGCGGAUCAUGUAAGCGCACGUGGCGGCGCGAUGCCGUCGAGCCGCGAAGACAUGGAUCUCUGCACCGACAAGGUCCUCUCCAAGGGCAGGAUCUUGCAGGAACUGACGAAGGCUGUCAAAUUGGUCUAUGCCCAAAGUCUCUAUGGUACUGUGGUUUUGGAUGGUGAUUCCUGGUUGGUUUAUUGGCUGGAUCGUGCAUUGCGUCAUGGGUUACGUAUAGAAAGACAUGGAUAUUGGGGCACUGCUAGAGAACUUAGCCAUCAGGACACAGUAGUGGUCAUUCAUGCACUGCAAAGUGUAUUAACUUCCAUCGGAAAAGGUCGAGCAUGGCUCUAUCACACCCUGAGCGAAGGCAGUUUUGAGAGUUAUCUGGCCUGUUUACUGCGCGACACGAAGACGUUAAAGAAACAGUACUUUCCACAUGCACUCGUUAGAGAUGCUGAUAAGACCAAUCAAUUGGUUAAUCUUCUUGCCGGUCUGGAAAACGUGUCCUUCACAUUGCAAUUGGAUGUUACAUAUUUGGAUAUUUGCAACUACAUGCCACAGAGGCCUAUGAGUGUAAAUCCGUCGGGAACAAUCUUACAUUUAAGGUCUUCUAGCGUUUCAUCGAGCCUAGCUUCUCCGGGAGACAGUGGCGUUGCGUUCGAUAGCGACAUGGAUAUUGCAAAUGAGACUGAUGGAAGCAGCUAUAAAGAGGAGGACUAUCCAAUGGAUGAUAUUCCUAAAUAUCGAAAUAAUAGGUAUAAAACGAUUAUCAACAAUCGCAUGGAGGACAAUAAGAAUUUCGGAUCCAGUGACUCGAGCGAAGAUGGCAAGACGCCAACACAAUCACCGAUUACUAAAUUUCAGACUGUUAUGAUGACGAAAAAUGACAUAGUUAACCAAAAUAUAACGCGAAAAUUGGACGAUAAUGAAAUGAAUUGCUCCAGUUUGGAGACUCUUAAAGAUUAUGAUUUCUAUAGCAAGAGUCUGGAUGAAACGAAACUGGAUAAAACGAACAAAAUCGAUAAUGGGGUAAAAGAUUUUAAUAAGAGAAGCACUUACUAUAGCGAUAGUCCCGCCUAUAGCUUUAAGAAAAAUAUAGAUCCUCGUAAUUCUUAUGUAAUCAACAAUGAUACGAAUCUAUUGGAGCUGAGCAUGACAAUUUCCGAUUGUGAUAACAUGGAUGCACCUUACGGCAUUUUGAAUACUAUUAAUAUGAGCGAUACCAGCAUUCUAUCUUCCUCCAGUUCAGAGGCCAUAGUACAACGUAGGCAACGUAAAAAGAAGCGGGGCGAAAGCAAGAAACGAGUCAGUUUUCACGAAGAUAUACUGAAAACGAUGAAAUUGGAAGAUGACGAGAUUUAUGCUGAUUUUUCCAUGAGUUUCUUGGUACCUAGUUCUGUUUUAAAGAGGGAUGCUCAGAAAGGCAGGUACAGUUGGUGUGCACACGGAGACUCGCCGUAUGUGCAGAAGAAUGUGAAUGUCGGCAGGAACGUUCACUCGGACUGUUAUUCAUUCUCGUCAUCGUCGAGUGCGUUUGAUGGUGACGAAAGUGAUAAGUCAUCGAAGAUGUGUAUUGAUAUGCCAUGUCAGCGCAAUUGCAGGUGCAAUUGCGAUUUAUCAUUGUCAGAGCGUGGGGCACCAGAAGGUCAAGAGGAUCCGGGUAAGAAUUUGAGGCCUAAAAUGGAAAUAGAAUUGGAAGAAAAUGAGGCUCAAGAAGCCUAUAUCGUUGAAAAGGCGUGCGGUAAUAUAGUCGAAGAUCCACCGUCCAAGGUAGAGAUGCCGCAAUCAAUGAAUCUGAAGAAGUAUCCUAAUUCGAACGAUUGGUCGGAUGCAGAUAGCGUAACAACAUCUGAAUUAGAAGAACGUAAAAGUAGUCGACACUUAGUCUCACCGUCGAAGAAGCGCAAUAUGACAGCGAUACUGACAGGUGAGAGUAGUAAUAAGCUCUUGGCGCCGCCUUUACGCCAGGCACCAUCAAAGACAUCAUUGCUGAGUAGAUUUCUAAAAUCGAUUACCGAGAGGAAAUUCGAAAUCAAGAAGAACAAAAAACCACCGAAAGCGAAUACCUUGUACAUCAAAGGAAUCAAGAUGAGCUAUGAUUCUUUCAAAGAUUUUAAUGACAAUCUCGACAAGGAGAUUCAAGAGAAUGUGGCUGCUGAGAAACAAGAGUUCAGCGGCGAGAAAGUAAGUCUAAAACUGCGUGAACUUUUCAAGAGGCAUAUCUACCGUGACAAAACGGAGGAGCUAUAUAAAGUAUACAAAGUGCGAAGUUCAUACAUGACAAACGGUGAGAGUAAACCGAUGAUCGCGCUACUGACGGACAAGACGCUGUAUUUAACUGGCUCGAAGAUGGACCAUUCUUAUAGUAAUCAGUUCGUUAUUCCUUAUAAUGAACUAGAUGUUAUUAUGAUUGGUCCAAAUGCACAAAGUAUUUUAAUUUCCAACGCCGACUGUGAAAUGCAAUAUCUAUUCUCUACUGGCAGCUCGCAAACUACCUCAGAAUUAAUUGGCCAUUUAGAAAUGGCCAUGAGACGAUCACCAACGAAACCGAGGCUUCCUGCUGUUAAAGAAUUGAAUUAUGAAGAUAUGCAUAUUCUAAGAAAUUCAAUUCUUACUGAUACAGCUGUGCAUCCCGAUGAGAAAAUUGAACAUUACAGCCUUAUUUAUAUGGAAGAUGAACAUAUGUCGCCACCUAGUACACCCUGUGGGCCAAUGAAAGAGGGUGAUCUAAUGUUCCGACCGCAUACGUAUCAACAUUUGCAUCCAAACGCGCCCACGAAUCCUUGGGAGGCUGGCUAUUUCGUUCUGAAAGGCGGAGUAGUUUAUAUGUUUACGGAUUCGAAUCAGCGACUUCCCAAGCGCGCUAUACCAUUGAAAGGUGGUUUAUGCCAAGGAUGUAGAAGGAUUCCCAAUUCUCAUCGGCCACACACCUUCGAGAUACUACUGAAACCCAACAAAUCGUAUCAAUUCGCUGCUCCGGAUGAAUAUGUAGCUUCUGAAUGGCUACAAAGUUUUGUUCAAAGCGCAUCAGGCUUAUUCGAUAGUGCGGAAAAGACAGAGCCAUUACCUUGCAGCCUUGUUACGACUACAAAACACUUAGUGGCGAUGAAAGAAGUUCAUCCCGGCACGCAGAGAGGUCAAACGCUCUCUUGCGCUUCCAUCAAAGACCUUGCAGCGUUCAGAGUACCAUUGGUGCAGCAAUCGUGGUGUAUACUGGAAUUCGCGUGUCGAGAAGUGCACGAAAGUAGCGGCGAUUGGGUCAUAUAUUUUACGAAUCAUACCGAGCUCUGUGCUUUUAAAGAGAUUUUAGAAACGUUAUGGACGAAUGCAAACCUGGGCGAGUUUCCUAUGGCAACGCUUUCACCAGAGGAUAAAUUGCAACGACGUUGCUCAGAUGCCAGCAGGGAUCUGGAACACGCUUGGCGAUAUUUGCUACCACCAGCUUUAGAGUAAAUGAAAAAUGUACUAGUACUAGACAAUAUAUACACCGUCAUUUGAAAAAUUAUUUUAUCAUAUUGCCAUAAAAAAAAACAUAAAACAGAACUCUCGUAAUAACACACCCGAAUAUCCAGGUAACUACGUCUGAAAAUUUGAACAUUAAUACAUCAUACGCCAAAGAUAAAUUAUGCAAUAUAAUACAAAUUUUUUUGCUUCUGUUGCAAAUUAAAAAUGUGCCAUACAUCUGUCAGUUGGAACUAGAAUAAUUCUUAUUUUAUGGCUUAUAUAUUAUAAGUAGAAACAUGAAUGUUAUUUGGACAUAUGACAUUUGAUUUAUGGUAUGAUAUGAUAAAUUUCUAAUUUCAAGAUGCAAAUAUAUGUGCAAUAUUCUCGCUGUAUUGUGGUUAAUGAAAGAUAAAACAUUAUCUUGCAUAUAAGAUAUAAGUUGCCUCAAACAUAUAGAUAACUGUAUUUAGAAAAAUCGUAAAAUGGUGCAUUACCUUUCUUGUAGCAUAAGCCAUCAUAAUAAGCUACUAUUUAUGAUGACGCAGAGAAUGUAAUAUAACAAUAACUCUUGAGACAUUAUUGAUUACUAUAUAAAUGUCUAUAUAUUCACAUAUAUUGAAGAGACGAACCAGUAUGCAUUUUAAUACGCACUAUAUAUUGAUAUUAAAAUAGAUAUUUAUCCGAGUUUAAUAAAAUUCAAGAUCACAUAAAGCAGCUUUGACAAAAAAUAAUACUUUAUAAAAAUCGCUUUUGAAAUUAGAUUAUAUCAUUUAGCAUUCCUAUUACUAUUUAUAAUUAUAAAUCGCUUUUACUUUUUUACUGUCAAGACUUUUUACAUAUCACAUAUAUUUGUGAUAUGUCCCAAAAUUUUACUCCAUAUUAAUUUUUUAAGUGUACAAAUGAAUUGUAAGCAUAAUAAUUGUAUUAUACAUACUAGUUAUUAAUUUAAUAAAUAUAAUUUUAAAUUUAAUUCAUUAAAUAUAGAUCUACAAAUAUAGCUUGUAUUAAUUUUUGUUGCGUUAUACAUAAUAUUAAUUUUUCUAAAUGUUUGUCAUUUUACGAAAUGAUUCAAGUUAAAGUUACAAAUGUUAUACCAAAAUAAUUACAUACAAUUUAUGUUGUGUAAAACUUGGAAAAUUAAUAUGUUUUAAAUAUGCUUAUAAUAUGUGUAAAAUUAAGAUAGCUAUGAAAAUCUGUACAUGAAAAUGAGUUUUCUUUGUGAUGUAAUAAUACAACACAUAUACUUAUGUUAAUAUCUUUGGGAUAAGAUAUUUGUUAUGAUUUUUUUUUAAGUUAUAAUCUUGUGUUACCAAAGCUACAUGAACAAAUGCAUUCUGAAUAUUCUUGUGAAUAAAUACUUAAGUUUUGCAUUACUUCAUGUAGCUCCGUACGUGAUUGUGAUAUGCUGUUUAGUAAUAAGUGUCAGCUGUUGUUAAGUUCAUGAGAUUUCUGUGAGAUUUAUGUAAAUUAAAAAAGUAAUGCGCGGAAAAGAAAUCGGUUUUGUAUGUUAGUGCUGUGUGAAAAGUAUGCGGAAUUAAAUUUUUUACAAGUUACAGCCAGCAUGUUUUAAAUGUUACAUCCGUAUACUUUUCACAUACAAAAGUCUUGUAUCACCAUACACAACCUGCAAACUAUGAUGAAUAGAGAAUUAAUAAAAGUGUACAAGAGAAUUUAA